GCUAGUCUCGCAAUAGUUCUUCUUUCCCCAAAGUUCUUCUGUCAAAAUUUGAAAACCAAAAACUAAUAUGGAUUCCUCCCUCGACGACUUCCUAAAGCAGCUCGUUGCCGAGUUUGGCGACAGCAGUUCUAGCUGGCCAAAAAUCGCAGAGGAAUUCCAAUCUAUCGCCGCCGACCUCGAGGAUGAAGACCUCCAGCAGAGCGCCGAGGAACAGUACUCGGCGUUUGCGCUGCAAAGGCGCUGGGUGGAGAUCACCCAAUCGGAGGAGGAUAACGAUCUCACCUCUGUUACUUCCUCAAGAACUACCGGGUCCAAAAACUACUACCUCGCCGGUGGUAGUAGUAUCGCCGGCGAGUCACAGCAAUUCGCGGUGGAUUCCACUGCGGAAACGAUGAUCGGUGGGGGGAGCACAACACCACUGCUCGGAGCUUUAGAUGACGGAACAAACGAUUCCGAUCUGGAAUUCGAAAAGGCUUUCCUCGCGUAUAACGCGCUCAGGUGUUACAAUCUCAACCGUUACAAUAGAAUUUGAAACUUCUGUUGCAUGAUGAGCAUGACUGACUCGCAGAGGGUGUCACUUUCUGCAAUACAAAUUUCGCCAGAUUCAUUGUAGUGGGGUUUGGGACUCUGGAACUUGUCAUGCGCAAUCCUAUGAGAAUGGGCUAGAACAUGCACUCUUGCAUCACAGAUUUCCAUAUUCUAUUUUAAUGUUUGAGAUUGUAGCAGCUGAGCAGGUGAUAUCGCGCAGGUCGGCACGGAAGAGGCGAAGUUGGAAAACAACAAUUUCCUCGUCGGUACGGGAAGAACAUCAACAACCGGAACAGCAGCAGCAGCAGCAGCUCCAGUGGACAAGUCCGCCUCGGAAUCGCACUUCAACCCGCAUUUUCCCUCGUUCGCCACCGCGCUGCUGGCGUACGGGGUGAAUCCGCACGAUCCGGUGAACGACACGAGAUGUUUGAUCGAGUUGAAGGACGAUCAGGUGUAUCAAAUGCAAAUAUGUCUGGGUCUGGAAGGUUGGAACUUGUAAUGCCAGCUUGCCAUUAUAAAUACCUAGGAAAUCUGUAUUGCAUAACCAACAAAAGUCGCAGCCUCUGUUGUACAUGCAAACGCAGUUAUUUCUUAUGCGGAUUGUCUAUGAGAAAGCCUUCUGGAAAGUUGUCAUGCUAGGUUGCAUUCGAAACUGUUUCCAUCAUCCACAUUUUAGCAUCACAAGUUUCCAUGAUACCUAGACAUAUUUGCAUUUGAUAAGGUGCGGCCGAAGGUGUUUGAUUCGAUUUUAGAGAAGUUGAAAGAGGAAAAAGACAUGAGUGUGAUGGAGACGCUAUCCUGUGUAAAAACGUCCCCACCCCAUAGUCAAGAUGGGAAAUCUGCUAGACUAACCACCCAGCUUUGAUGGCUGUUGCGCAUGACAAGUUGGGCCUCGUAGUGUAAUCCUGGCCAGCUUGUUCAGCGGCAUCACAGAUGUGGCCUAUCAUGCUGGUUCUAGCAUUACAAAUUCCAAAACACGGCUAGAAAAUGCUUGCCAUAGGGCUCCGCAUGAGAAGCAUUUUCAGCAUGCAGAUUUGCACUACAGCUAUGAGGUGGGGACGUUUUUACAUAGGAGAAACGCUGUCGCGGCAGGAAUUUACCAGGUUGCUGAAUCCGAAUAAGAAAGCCGGCGAGAAGACGGGCGCAGAGGCGGAAGGAGAAAAAGCUGCAGGGGAGAAAAAGAUGGUUUCAACUAGUGGAGGAGGAAAGAGUGGACCUGCUAUCGCCGCAUCUGCUACAACUCGAACGAGUGGCAGUGCAGCCAGCAAGCCAACCCCACAAACAGCAGGAGGGAAGGGCAAGGGAAAGCAAGGUAAGGACUGGAGUUGUAGUUGCAGUUUGUCAUGCGUGCCAGUGUCUGAAAAAAAAUGCAUGGUUUUGUAACCCCAGAAUGAAACAAAUUGUUGGUAAUAAAAUUGCAAACCACAGGCCGCGGCACCGUCGACACUGACGAGCACGACUCUUCCGACGCAAACUCCACCGAUUCUGAAGACAACAACUUCCAGCAGGCCCGCGCGAAUCUGAAGGCGCAGGCGCUGGAGAAGGUCGGAAAGAAGUACGAUAAAACCGAGUUCAAAGCGCCUGCCCCACCUAUUUCCUUCCAGCCUCCGUCGCGAACAACCACCGCCGCAGCGGCCGCGGCGAAGCAGACGCUGAAAAACCGCAUAUGACAGUGCACAACUCCCCCUCCCCCCCAUUUGUCAUGCAAAAUACCCAAUCCACCCUCUGCCUCUUGGCACUGUGUGCAUGACAAGUUCUGGUAGCCCAAAUAGCACUAGAAUCCAGUGCAAAUCUGUCAUGCAAAACCGGCAUUCUUGCUGAUGCUUGUAUUGCCGUUCAUGCUAUACGAAUGAGGGGGAGGGGGAAUUGUGCACUGUCAUACCGCAGCAAGAUCAAGCAGAAGGCGCACCAGGAGUUCGGGAAGUUGUCCGAGGCGGAGGAGCUGUUGGUCUCCGGCGGGUUCUUAUGACAGUGCACAACUCCCCGUCCCCUCAUUUGAGUGGCAUGAUCAGCAACGCAGGCAACGCCAGAAGUGUUGGCUCCACAUGACAAAUAUGCACACGGAGUGUAGUACUGUUUAAGGCCGCUCCAAAGUUUGUCAUGUAAUCCGUGCUGGGAGGCAAGAUUUGGAGUAGGGUAUUUUGCAUUACAAAUGAGGGGGAGGGGAAGAACCUGUGCACUCUCAUAGUUCUCGGCCAGCGGGUUUGUGGAUAAGUACGACCACUACGAAGAUUUAUCGGAGGCGGUGAAGUAUCUUGUGCAAAAGUAUCGUACUCGUAGUAAUUGCAUGCAUGCAUUACAGAUUUCUUUCUCAAGGUAAAUCAGCAUUACAAAUUUUAUUUCUCAUGCUGAGGAAAUUUGUAUUGCAAUUCAUACUAGUACCAUACUUUUGCAAUGCAUAUGAAGCAGAAAGUCGACGAGAUCGAGUCGAUCAUGCACAAGAAGGGCGUCAGUUCCACCGCGAAAAAACAGACGAGUUUGGCGGAGAUCCAGACUUGCAUCGCGGAAGACAAAGAGUUCGUGAGAAUGGUGGAAAAAGUGAACGAUGAUAGUGCAGGCCCAAGGGAAAUAAACACGUGCGUGAUAGAGGAGGUGGAAGAAGAACAAAAUGAUCGGAAUGAUCUACUAGAGCAGCCGCGGCCCCGCAAAGUGUCCGAUAGCACCACGAGUUCCGAGCGGGACGAGGAGCCACUCUCCCCCGAGCAGGUCGCGGUUAACAAGGGCGCGUUACUGCAAGCGGAACACGACAUCGACCCGGCCAGCGAUACGAAAAACCACAAUCUGGAAGUCCAGGCGGACGCCGCGCAAUAUCGUAUUUAAAAAGGUUCCCACCCCAAAGUUGUAAUGCAAAUCUGCAUGCUGAAAAUGUUUCUCAUGCGGAGCCCCAGGAGAAGUAUUGUCUCGCCGUGUUUUGGAAUUUGUCAUGCUCCAAUCAGCAUCAUAUACUAGAUCUGUGAUGCUGCUUAGCUAGCGGAAACAGCACUACACUACGAGGGCAGAUUUGUCAUGCCAAACGACCAAAGGUGGCUGAUUUCUCUAGCGGAUUUCCCAUCUUGCCUCUGGUGUAGGGACGUUUUUACAUAGGAUACGCAACAGCAACUACUCGCGAACCUGCGGAAGAUGACCAACCCGAGUCGGGCCUCGAAGGACCAACCGAUAGUGCAGAAAUCGCGGGAGCAGCAGCGGUAUGCAUUGCAAAAGCAUCGUACUACUACAAAUUGCAUCAGAAAUUUUUGCUGUAGAAGGAGAAAUGCAAUUUGUAAUGCUGAUUCGGGGAACGGGAACAAGCUAGAUUUGUCAUGCUGUAUUGCGAUUCGUACGAAUGCGAUACUUUUGCAGAGCAUAAGCGGAGGGAAGACGAAGAGGAGAAAAAGCGGUUCGCGGAAGAGGUCGAAGAACGGCUAUCAAAAGGAAAAAUCCCCCCACCCCAUAUCAAAUGGGAAAUCUGUGAUGCAGGAUUAGUGUACACAAAUGCGCGCUGUCUUGCAACACGGCAUCGCAGCCAGAUCCGCAGCCUAGGGAGGGACAGUUUGGUCUAGAUGCUUAGCAUUACAAACGACUGCCCUCCUGGCCCAACAGCAUGCCAAACCGCUCCCAUAAUGGCAGGGAAGCCUCUGCAUUUGUCCUCUUGCACGACAGACGUGAUUUGUGGUCUCAAAUCAGCACGACAAAUUUUCGGAAGUGUGCCUUUUCGAUAUGGGGAGGGGGGAUUUUUCCUCUGAAUAACGGCGGAAAAUGCUGCAGGAGCGGAUGCGGGGGUUAGACAUGGUUCUCGAGCCUUCCUCCCGGGUCGCCGAGCACAUGGCAAAUUUGCAGGUGACGAGCAGCAAGAACGACGUGAUUGUGAAAAAAAUGGAGAAUAAGGAGACGAAAGCCACGACGAUUGCGAGUAGCGUCGAGGAAAACAAAGAGAACAACGGGGAAGAUUCCUCGAACCUGAGUUCGAGCGAGAACGAGGUGCAAACCGCGAGUUGGAAGACGUCCGCGAAAUCGACGAGUAAGGCCGCGGCAGCUGCGUCCGUGGAUUUGUUGAAUAAAUCCAAAGAGUCGUCCGCCUCCGAACAAGAAGUUGAGUUUGACGUGAAGAUGCUGGAUCAACUUGUGAAAGAAAAAUACGACUACCCGCUGACCCACUUCGCCGGGUCGAAGGCCAGCAAACCGAGCUUGCUACCCAUCAAUGGAUUUUUAGGGCAGGCCAUGGCCAUGAACCAGAAAUUCUACCUGUUACCGUUUUCGACUGAAGAGAGACCGGUGGUAUCGGAAAAGUCGUUGCAACUGUUGCAAAGCUCCGUGGCUGUGUGCAACGCGAGUGUUUUGCUUUUGAUCGACGGGCAGAGCAUUCCGAACGAAGCGGUCUCUACCAGCAUGUCCUUCUACGGUUUGUAUUUACUCAUUGCGGCGCCGGAGCGGGUGGUGUUACAGAAGCUGCAGCAACUCGCAGACCAGUCGGACUCGGAGGAAGAACGCGCGAGGAAUUAUGCCAAGGAGGCUUUUGAAGAGCUGGAGAACUCCGGCGAUUUCAUCCCCAUCGACGUGGACAAGUGGCACCCGCUGGUCACAAGCCCCUUCGGGUUCGGACCCAAUUUGGUCGGCUCCUACGCAAGUUCCGGGGAUGCCGGAGGGUACGCGGAGAAACUGGAUCGCCACUAUUCCGCCACGUACUUAACAUUUUCUAUCGCUUUUUCUAUCAAUCAUUCUCUCCGUGCAUGACAGACUUGAAACUCAUAUUAUUGUUUGCACCUGUAGUUCAUCGUGUUGCAUCGAACGUUGUCAUGAAACAAAAAUCCCCCAGCGACGUCUCGCUCUCCGACAAGCAGUUUUAUGAGCAGUCCUGUGCGGUGGUGGUGAAAAAUGCCAGCCUGCUCGGAGAACUCAUUCUGCAAGCCUUGCGAAAGGGCUUGUACGUGUGUGCGUUGCGAACGGUGUACUUGUAUCAAAUGCAAAAAUUUCUGGGUCUGGAAAAUUCGAACUUGUGAUGCUAACUUCGGACUCUAAAAAAAUCUGUAUUGCGUGACCAGCAAGAGGAGUCCAGUUUUUGCUACGCGGGGAGGCCAUUUGUCAUGCGGAAUAGGCAUCAAGACGUAGUCAGAAAAUCUGUGAUCAUGCUAGGGAAUACAUCACAGACGUCACGGGUCAUGUAAAAUCUGCAUGACAAGUUGCAACCUUGCAGACCUAGAGACUUUUGCAUUUGAUAACUUGACCGAGGAAAUGACGUCGAUCGCAGCACUUGAUUCUAUAUGCAUUGCAAAAGUAUCGUACUUGUAUAAAUCGCAACACAAAUUUUUUCAGAAGGAAAAAUCGAAUUUGUAAUGCUGAUUUCGCUAAGAAACAAGAUUUGUCAUGCAUGAUUGCAAUUAGUACGAGUACGAUACUUUUGCACAGGAUAUUCUAUGAAAGUGGGAUUCACAAUUGGAUCAUCAAGAAGCGAAAAGCAUGCUCCUGGUCUACUGCAUCCCGCUUUUACAACUCUGCAUGACGGAGUUUUAUUACCAAAGUAUAAUAACGGGCCAUCUGCAUCUUCUUCUUCUAGAACAUUUAUUCAAGCAUGAAGACCGAAACUUGAUUCAAAACUCUUUUCAUUUCCAUCACCCCACCCGCCGGCCACAUCCCGUCGAUCCUGAAACACCACCUCGACCCCAAGCAGAAGAACAUCGUGAUUGCCUUCCGGGGCCCGGAUUGCGUGGAGCUUAUCCGGGAGAUUGUCGGGCCCAGCCCGGAGAUCGCCCGGCGGACCGACCCGAAGUCGUUGAACGCCAGGUUUGGCGCCAUGGAGGGCAACGAGCACGUCGUGUCCCCGCCCGCGCGGGGCGUGGUCGACCUUGUGUGGGCGUUCGGCGGCCGAGUGGAGGACUUGGCUACGUUUGGGGAAAAACUGAUCAAGCCCAAUACCGGGACGAUCUCGGCGCUGCAACGGAAAUCGGAGCUAGAAAACCUUUACCGCGGGCUGCUGUUUGAAAACACGGAGAAGGACUUGCAGUUCACUUACGCGUUUCACGUGUUCCCGGAGCAGGUGUUCUCCAUCGGUCUCCGGCACGCGCUGUCUCCCUCGGAGUUGAUCCCGAAAAUCGAGCUGUACCUGCGGCACGUGGGCAAGGUAUUAUCCGUGAAUCCGCAGAAGAAAAUAUUCUGAGUAAAAACGUCCCCACCCCAUAGUCAAGUUGCGAACUGUGCAACACAAAUCCAGGAGUUUUGGGAGACAUGCAUGACAAGUUCGUCUUUGUAGUGUAGUCCAGGUCAGCAAGGACAGUGGCAUCACAAAGCCAUCUCCUUAUCCUGUUUACAGCAUUACAAAUGCCAAAACACGAUUGGAAAUGCCUCUCUUGUAGAUGCGCGCUAUAAAUGCUCCUGUCAUAAUUGCAAAUCUGCAUGACAACUCUGGGGUGGGGACGUUUUUACACAGGAUAGAAAAAGUUUGGCGCGGUGGGCACCAAGGCAGCAUCCGAAAGUGCGAACCAGCAGUCUUCCUUCGUCAUCACCGCCGUGCGGGAGGCCGGCGCGAAACCGCUGGAGCGCAUCGAGGGCCUGCAGAGUCACCACGUCUUCUCGGAAAUCGCCAUGGAUUCGUACGGCAUGAAAAUCCGGAAUCUCCCGCAGCAGUUUUCGUACGAAACGAAUAGCGGUGCGACGGGCAAGGAGGAGGACCCAAACGAAAUCGUGGUGACCAUGCUGCCUUUACUAGGCAACGAGGACCUGAAGCCCUUCGCGGAAAUUUGCGAGCUGUCUAUGGGACUGUACAACAGCAGCUCCGUCCCCUCCUUUGUGAUGCGAAGUGACACGUAUCUUGCCUGGCAGCGCAACAAAACUCUUCGCAUGAAAAAUUUCGGAACCCUACCAAGAACUACCAGUAAGCAAUACAAUGAUUCCGUCAGUGGACUUGUCAUGCGGAAGCCACAUAUGUUGUGGCAUGGCUUUUGUCACUGCUCAUGCACUUGAAACGAGGGACAGAAACAGUUGUGCAGUCUCAUACUCUCGAUUGAGGAACUGGAGGAGCAGAGUACCGCGGGCGCGAGCAGUGUGUACGGUGGCGGCCUCGACUUGAUCUCCCUCCGCAUCGUGGACUUGAAGCAGAUUGACCCGGAGUUAACUACGACAACCGAGUACUUCCUCCGCUCUCCCUUGCUCUCCGAGGCCGCCAAGCAGUCUGUGGUGCUGUUUGCGGUGUAUCGUGGGGAGAAAUGCUUCGAGAAAAUCGAGAACUUCAUUUUCCGAAAAUCUAAGGCGGUCUAUGCUGGACAGCAGGGCCGGUGGAAGUUCACAAAACUGCCAAGUGUACGGAGUGCAAAAGUUGUUGUGUAUCUAUGUUUUAGUUAACUUCGGAACAAAAAUAUCUGCGUUCUUUCAAGUUACGAAGGUCGUGUGCUGGCAUGCAACUUGUGAUGCUGAAACACACGACGCGCCUACGCGAAUAAAGGUUGUGUGGUCAUGCAGUUUGCUACUUCUACCAAAGGAAAUAAAGCAAAAAAAUGAGCGCUACACUUUUGCACACCAUACCGCGAGUCCUUCUACUACUUCAACGUUUUCUUUGGUUUGAAAUCCUUUUUCGGUGCGAGUUCCGUCUUGCCUUCGUUCCCGCUGACGGACGUCCGAUCAAACGAGAGGUACCGGCUGACCAAAUCCAGGUUUGAGGCGAAGAAGAUGCAGUUGUGGGAGGAGGGAAGCUCGGGUGGCGGCGGCAUGAACGCAAUGAGUGGGUUGAUGAGUGGACAGAUGAAAUCAUCAACGCGGAUACGCAUUACAGAUAUGUCUGGAUCUGGAAGGAUCUGAGUUUGUCAUGCUAAUGCUAGGUCUGGGCGAUACAAAAACCUGUAUUGCGCAAGCAGCAAAACACGUUCACUCCCGGGGAUGGUACUUCCCAUGCAGAAUACGCAUUUGGAGGCCUUGAAGUCAACACUUGUGACGCCACAGCUCGCAUUCCAGUGGACCUUUUGUGUCAUGCGAAACCUUCGUGAGUAGAGAUUAUGCAACCUUGUUUCAGAGGACCCAGACAUACUUGCAGUGGAUACCGGACGACCUUUACCAACUCCGUAGUUGCGGUGGACCCGGAUUCGCUCUUCAAUUCGUCCUCCGACAACGAUGAAGUGGCGGCCACUUACUUCACGCACUCCCCCAAGUCCAAAUCGGUCCUUUCCUCGGCGCUCCAGGUGAAGGGUCCAACCGCUUUCGCCACUUCCUUGGGACUCGGGUCGUUUGGCGGCGGCGCGAAGAAGAUUAUCAAAUGCAAAAAUGUCUGGGUAUGGAAGAUUGCGAGACUUGUCAUGCUUCUUGUCUGGCAUGACCAAAAAGUUUGUGAUGCGUGUCCAAGAAGAGAUCCUUCUGCCUGUCAUACAAAAACGCAGCUUGUCAUGUGAGAAACGCAAAACAAAGAAGCGCAGAUAUUUCUCAUGCUUGGCUGUGCAUUACAGAGCAUUCACUAUUCCCAACGCAGCAUUACAAGUUUCCAGGCCCAGACACUUUUGCAUUUGAUAAAUAUAAAACUACUCCAGUUGGUCGGCGAAGAGGCGGACGACGGAGUGAAUUUCGGCGACCAAGACCACGUGUCCAUUACGGAAAAGUUCGGGAAAAACAUCGCCUUCGUCCUCAUCGAAGAGCGGUUUUUGUCGCGGAGCCUGCGGAUUUUGAAGCAGAACGGGUUCAGCGUGAAGAAUUUGGUGAAGUUUUUGAACAAAGUGCCGCACGAAUUGAAAAAAAUGAUCUGGGAGCAGGACUGCAAGUAUCAAAUGCAAAAAUGUCUGGGUCUGGAAGAAUGCAACUACUUGUGAUGCUGCAUUUGGAUUCCAAAAAAUUUGUACUGCAUGAGCAGAAAAGGGAAUGCGAUCUCUGCUACGCGGGGAGGGCAUUUGUCAUGCGGAAUAGGCAUCAAGUUCAAGACGCCCUUAAAACAUGUGUGAUGCUACGGCAUGCAUCACAGAUAUCAUGGCUCAUGCAAAACGUGCAUCACAAGUCCCAGAAUCUUCCAGACCCAGACAUAUUUGCAAUCCAUAGCAAACAGGAUGGGUACUUCAAGGAGUCCGACCGGGUAUCAAAUGCAAAAAUAUCUGGGUCUGGAAGUAGAGUGCGCGACUUGUCAUGCAGCUUUUCCAUGACCCAUGAGGUCUGGAAUGCAGGACCUAGCAUGACAGAUUCUUUGCGAUCUCUCUCAUGCCUAUCCUGCAUGAGAAACUCCCUCCCGACUAGGUCAAAACCGGACGACUUUUGGUAAUGACGCAACACAGAUUUUUGCAUGCUUCAGAUUUAGCAUGACAAGUUGCAUUCUUCCAGACCCAGACAUUUUUACAUUUGAGACCGGGGGGAGUGGUUCGAUAAAGACGUCAAGGCCUUCUGGCUCUUGCAGCUCUACCGAGGGGAGAACUGCUGCAAGAAACUGGCUAUGCAUCGCAAAAGGAUCGGGUUGCGUAGUAAUUGCAGACAUGCAUUACAAAUCUUCUCCUUCACAAUCUGAACCAGCAAAGCGAAAAAAUUCAUUUCUCCUUCUGAAAACAUUCAUGACUUGCAACCCUCUGAUAGAAUUGAUAACCGGAAAACCUCCCUGAAGGCUUUCGAGGGGUGGCAGUGCGAGAAUUUCGCAAACGGGCCGCGCGUGGACGCGUGGGCCACAAGGGGCCCGCCUUCCGUCUGGGGCAGUUUCUUUUUGAGAAACAACCCGCCAACAUUCCGUCCAACAACAGGGCGCGAGGCCCGUGCUUUCUGACUUCCGACAAAUUUUCAUCGUUGAAAAGUGAGAAGCUACGGACUUCUCACUGUGUUUCCACUGGUCUUCUAGAAAAGGAGUGAAAAGUCAGCGACUUCUCGUUUCUGAAGCAUUUUCUUUCUGGAAAAGUGAGAAAUCAGUGAUUUGUCACUUCUGAAAAGUUUUCAUGUUGAAAAGCGAGAAGUCGCUCCGCUGACUUCUGAAAAGUUUUCAUUUGGGAAAAGUGAGAAAUCACUGAUUUCUCACUCGGCUUCUCGAACAAUCCGAGAAACGGAGUGGGAAAAAUGUGACUUCUCACUUUGCAAGACUCUCACUCUGGUCGGAGUCGCGUUGACUCUUCCCAGAGUGAGAAUUUUUCAAAAGUGAGAAAUCAGUGAUUUCUCACUACUUUUCUCGAAGGUACCCGAGCGCCAAAUUUCUUCGGGGCCCGGGUACCUUCGAGAAAAGUAGUGAGAAAUCACUGAUUUCUCACUUUUGAAAAAUUCUCACUCUGGAGUCGGACUCCAAAAAGGUUUCCAGCCGUCAAGAUUUCGCGAGAGUGAGAAAUCACUGAUUUCUCACUUCUUUUCUCUAAGCCUUUCGGGAUGUGUAGGCGACUUCUCACUCCGAGUGAAAAAGCCAGUGAGCUUUCACUUGGUUUUUUGAAUGUCUUCAGGAGGCAGCGCGAAAGCUCGCUGCGUGCGAAAAGUUCAUGGAAUUUCACUCCCCCACUUCUCCAGCCUAUUCGUAAAACGGAGCGAAAAGGAGCGGACUUUUUACUCCCUUCCUGAGGGGACCUCUGGGCGAGCCCGAAGUGCAAAGCCAGCGCGCUUUCGCUUUUGUUGUCAGCGCGCUCGCAAAGUCAGCCGGCUUUGAUUGCCCCCCUAGGGGGAUUUGUUUUGUGCCGUCGAUCUUCGUGCUGCUGCAGAGGUUUGCGAAGCUUCAAAACAAAGAGCUACUAACUUACGCUAGCGCGCCAAACUGAUCGACUUGGCGCGAAUUCUGUUUCUCGAAGGCGUCCGGAGAAAUUUUCCGGCGAAAAGGGGGGGGCUUUUGCAAGUCAUGAAAACAUUUGCAUACUUUUUGCAAUUUCCACGAAUAUGCGAUACUUUUGCAAUGCAUAUUGGCGAAGCUGUGUGGUCACGGGGACCCCAAAGAGAACGCGCGGAAGAGUUACGUCAGCUUGCGAAAGGGUAUAGAGUUGGCUUGUCAUCAUGCGCGUUGUCAUAUGUCGAUGUGUCGUGUCUACGCAUGUAGUACAGCAUGACAAAGUUGUUCCGACGUAGAAGAAAAACAACAUGCAGGUAAAUCCCGCACGGAGUCCGGCGUCUACUGCACUUCCUCCGCGAUAUCGAGGGGAAGAAAACAGCUUCGUUCAUGUUCGUGAGCCUGUCUUGCAAAACCCGCAUAAACAGAACCGUUUCUCAUGCUAAAAGUGUCCUAUUUCGUUUGCGCGAAGAACAAGAAGCCAGGGCGAAACGUUGUCAUGCAAAACAUUCACCAUGAAGCUCAAGAAGCUGUUUCUUUUGCCCCCGUCGAUACCCGGAAUUCGUGAAGCAGUGUGCCGUGUUGCUGCUCCAGCUCGAGAGCGACCAAGACACCAAAAACGAGAUCCUGCUGGAUAUCAAAUGCGAAAACGUCUGGGUCUGGAAACUUGUGAUGCUGGGUGGCGUAUCGUAAGGAGGACACAAGUGCUGGCUCAGCAUGACAAGUUUCUGAGCUUCUAGGUGUUGCCUAUUCUGCAUGACAAACUGCGUUUCCGCGUGACACAAAAAUGGCGCUCUUGGGUAACGUGCAUGACAUAUUUGAGAGUCAUGCCAGACAAGCAUGACAAACUCUUCCAGACCCAGACGUUUUUACAUUUGAGACUGGAAAAGACCAACACAAAUUUCCCGUUGCGCAUGUUUGCCACGAUUUCUGGAAACUUGACGAAUUGGAUAUCGUGGGGAAAAAUCCCCCCUGCCCAUAUCGAAAAGGGACGUCGCAGAAAAUUUGCAAUGCUGAUUUGCGACCGCAAAUCAUCUCUGUCUUGCAAGAAGGCGACUCCACAGACAGCCGCCGCAUUAUGGCGGCGGUUUGUAGUGAUGCUGUUCGGCACCUUCAGCGCAGACGUUUCUCAUGCUCAGCGCCUAGGCCGCAACCUCUUUACUCAGGCUUGCUGUUGGCCUGCAGUCCGCUCCAGCAAGACCAAUCUGAUUGGUGUACGCAAAUCCAGCGUCACAGACUUUGUUCCGAUAUGGGGAGGGGGGAUGUUUCAUUUUGAUGCUGCAAGUCAAACUCGCGGUCCGUCGACGAUCACGGCAGCGUCGCGUUGCAGAACUUUAUUUCCGUUCUUGACGAAGCGGCCGACUCGAGCAAGGUGGAACUUUUCGCGAAAAUUUCCGAGGACGGUAUGACUUGCUCAAGCGUUACAAUUUCAAACGUUACAAUAGAAUCUGGAAUUUGUGUUGCAUGAUGAGCAUGACAGACUCGCACAGCGUUCCACCUUUUGCAAUACAAAUUUCGCCAGAUUGUAGUGGGGUUUGGGGCUCCGGAACUUGUCACGCGCAAUCCUAUGAAAGUUGGCUAGAGCAUGCAGUCCUGCGUCACAGAUUUUCAUAUUCUAUUGUAACGUUUAAGAUUGUAACACCUGAGCGGGUUAUAGACGGGGCCUCCAUCGUCGUGCUCAUCCGUGGCAAAGACCUGCUGGCUAUGCAUUGCAAAUAUGUCUGGGUCUGGAAGGAUCCAAACUUGUCAUGCUGUCUUUGGAUUCUAAAAAAAUCAGUAUUGCGUGACCAGAAAGAGGAGCCCAGAAUGUGCUACGCGGAGAGGGCGUUUGUCAUGCGGAACAGGCAUCAGGAAGCCUUCCAAAAAUCUGUGAUGCUAGGUCCUGCAUUCCAGAUCUCAUGGGGCAUGGAAAAUAUGCAUGACAAAUCUGCACCACUUUUCCAGACCCAGACAUUUUUGCAUUUGAUACUGGCCAUGCAGGCGGUUGCGAAGAAGGUAAAGGGGUUUUCCAGCGAGACGACGGAGAUCACGCGGUUCCCCGGUGAGAAGCUGGACCAAGACGAUCUGUUUUUCGCGUGAUCGUGGUUUAGUCUUCUGCUCAUCUUCUCCCAGCACGGGUUUAUCGCUUGGGAAAGCGAGGAUGUCCUCGGCGAGGGCGAAGGGUGUACUAAAAAUUUCAUCGGUUGGUGCAAAAGUGAUAUUUUUUGAAGCGAAUAGAUACAUGCUUGAUAAAGAUAUUCUUCAACUUCAACCGUCUUUGUUGACACUGGAUCUGCUGGAGGUGCAGGGCUAUGCUAGACAGCAAUGCCGCGUGUGAAAACUUAAAUAUCUUCGACUAGAACCGUUAGGAAAUUAUAAACCGUGCAGAACUUCUAUCAUUUCAUUGCGCAACGAGGUGUAAGUAACUUUCUAUUUCACCUCACUCAACCUUGCUUGACGCUUCUAUUGUGGUCUUUGACAACAUCUCUCGAUUUCGAUUCGAUUUGAAAUUUUUCUUGUUUUUUUUUGUGUAAAAGAAGGUCGUGGAAAUUGAUAAAUUGAUGUCACAGCACUGUGGGCCAGUGGUAUGCUACCUCGCAGCUCGCAACAGCCACUGAUAACGGUCUUUCGCUUUUUGACGAACUGAACUUGGCUAUUGCUGACCCGGUCUUGUCGAAAACAGAAAAACACCAGAACACCUUAU